GUUGUCGACAACACCAAAAUCAACUAAGUUUUGUGUGAGAAUACCGCCUCAAAUUGAUGCAAUAUGGGAAAUAGUGAUUCCAAGUUAAACUUUCGCAAAUCAAUUGUCCAACUCACACAGAAAAAUCAAAAGAUCGAUGCUGACGAUCCAUUUUGGGAACAAUUUUGGAGUGGACAUCAAACGACGUUGGAAGAUGUUUUCGCCUUGGUAACGGCUGCCGAGAUACGCAACAUACGCAAUGAUAAUCCUGCCAAUUUGGCGACACUCUGCUACAAGGCAGUGGAAAAAUUGGCGAAGGCGGUCGACAACAGCUGUCGCACUCAGGCCGAACAGUCGUGUGUUAUGAACUGUGUCCGUUUGCUGAUACGCAUUAUCCCGUAUAUUUUUGAGGAUGACAAAUGGCGUCAUUUCUUUUGGAGCAGCUUACCAGCUGGGGGUAAAGAGGCCAGCCACCAGGAUUUGGCAAGGGUGGGUGCUGAAUCAGAACCCUUGGCUCAUCAUCAACAAACAGUACCCUUGGCCCAAUCUUUGCUAAAUGCAGUGUGUGAUUUACUAUUCUGUCCGGAUUUCACUGUGACAGCGGCCACAAGGCGUCCCGGACCGGAAAAGGCAGAAGAAUUGGCCAACAUCGAUAGCUGUGAAUAUAUUUGGGAAGCUGGUGUGGGUUUUGCCCAUUCGCCACCGAAAAAUGCCAAUAUGGAAAAGAGGCGUACGGAAUUGUUGAAAUUACUGCUGACUUGUUUCUCCGAACCAAUGUACCGUGCACCACAGCCCACUGAGGAGCCGAAUAAAUGGAUUGCAUACUUUACAUCGGCUGAUAAUCGCCAUGCAUUGCCUCUCUUCACAUCCUUUUUAAACACCGUGUGUGCAUAUGAUCCGGUGGGUUUUGGUGUACCCUACAACCAUCUAUUGUUCACCGAUACUACAGAGGCAUUGGUGGAGGCAUGUUUGCAAAUAUUAAUUGUAACAUUGGAUCAUGAUAUGAUUGUACAACAGCAGCAACAAUUGGAGCUACAACGCCAUGGCAAAUUACCUGCCCCAUCGCCAUAUGACGAUGUUUGUGGCGAUAAUUUAUUCAUCAAUUAUUUGUCCCGGGUACAUCGAGAUGAAGAUUUCCAUUUUAUUCUCAAAGGCAUUACACGUUUGCUAAACAACCCUCUGGUUCAAAACUAUUUACCCAAUUCAACCAAACGUCUCCAUUGUCAUCAAGAGCUAUUGAUUUUGUUUUGGAAAAUAUGCGACUACAAUAAAAAGUUUUUGUAUUUCGUUUUGAAAAGUUCGGAUGUUUUGGAUAUACUAAUACCCAUACUCUAUCAUUUGAACUAUUCGAGAGCCGAUCAAUCCAAGGUUGGAUUAAUGCAUAUUGGUGUUUUUAUUUUGUUGUUAUUGUCGGGUGAACGCAACUUCGGUGUCCGCCUGAACAAACCCUACACUGCUACUGUGCCUAUGGACAUUCCCGUGUUCACGGGUACCCAUGCCGAUCUCUUGAUAACAGUAUUUCACAAAAUCAUAGCCACGGGCCAUCAACGUCUGCAGCCUUUGUUCGACUGUUUGCUGACAAUUCUGGUGAAUGUUUCACCCUAUCUCAAGACUUUAUCCAUGGUGGCCAGUGUUAAACUGUUGCAUUUAUUAGAGGCUUUCAGUACACCAUGGUUUCUACUCUCGGCUCCCAGUAAUCAUCAUUUGGUAUUUUUCUUAUUGGAAAUCUUCAAUAACAUCAUUCAAUAUCAAUUCGAUGGCAAUUCCAAUUUGGUUUAUACGAUUAUUCGGAAACGUCAUGUAUUCCAUGCCAUGGCCAAUCUGCCAACUGACAUGAAUGGCAUUGCAAAAUGUCUGAGUGGCCGCAAGGUGGGAAAAUUCAAUUUACCACCCGUAAGGCAGAAGAGAAUUACAACGGUGGUGCAAAAUUUCCAAAAUCAAUUGCCCAACUGUGUUGAGGAUGAUGAUGAAGAUGAGGAGGAUGAUUUGGAGGAGGAAAGUGAAAGUAGUGUAACCAAAAAUGGCACCAUUUUAAAUAACAGCAACAAUGUUGAGUCUGAAACAGAGUCUCAACAGCUGCAUGGUGAGGAGAAGCAAAUGGAAGGUGCUUUAACGGCCAUGCCCGCUGAACCGGGCACCUUGAAGGCAUCUUUGCCUGAUACCCCAGCCUUAUUGCAAAUGACUGAAAGGGAGACCGCUCAUCCGGGAAGUAAUGAUUCAACUGAGCAGACUCCAACAAUUGAUGGCACUUCGGACAUUGUUCCGUUCGACAAAACCUCGGAAAAAUCCCCAUCCGAGUCUCGUGCAAACAGCCCAGUUAAUGGUAACUUUGAAAGGGACGUGAAAUCGAAUAAUCGUCUUUCGGUGGCACCACGUAGCAGCAUACGCAUGGUCCAUCAGCCCUCAAUGGAAGUUUGGACACCCACACCUGAAUGGAUAGUUUCAUGGCGUUCGAAAUUGCCUUUGCAAACCAUUAUGCGUCUGCUGCAGGUCUUAGUGCCACAAGUGGAGAAAAUAUGUAUAGAUAAAGGUCUUACAGAUGAAUCGGAAAUUUUAAAAUUUCUACAACAUGGUACCCUUGUUGGUCUCUUGCCUGUACCACAUCCCAUACUUAUAAGGAAAUAUCAGGCUAACGCGGGAACUACUGCCUGGUUCCGUACCUAUAUAUGGGGUGUAAUUUAUUUGCGUAAUGUUGAGCCAGCAAUUUGGUAUGAUACCGAAGUGAAGCUAUUCGAAAUCCAAAGAGUCUAA